GCGGAGGCGUUGGGGAGCGAGGGAGGGCGCGGCCAACUCCCGGAGGGACGGCAGGCCGAGACAGCGGCGCCCUGGUUUGGCGCCGAGCCUGAGCCCGCCGGACGGGAGGCGGCCCAGCCGCGGGCUCGGCCUCGGCCCCAGUCCCGCCAGCAUGGCCGGCCGGACCGUGCGGGCCGAGACCCGGAGCCGGGCCAAGGAUGACAUCAAGAAGGUGAUGGCGACCAUCGAGAAGGUCCGGAGAUGGGAGAAGCGCUGGGUGACUGUGGGCGACACUUCCCUUCGUAUCUUCAAGUGGGUGCCAGUGGUGGACCCCCAGGAGGAGGAGCGACGGAGGGCAGGUGGUGGGGGAGAGAGAUCCCGAGGCCGGGAGCGGCGGGGCAGGGGCGCCAGUCCCCGAGGGGGUGGCCCUCUCAUCCUGCUGGAUCUCAAUGAUGAGAACAGUAACCAGAGUUUCCAUUCGGAAGGCUCCCUGCAAAAGGGCACUGAACCCAGCCCUGGGGGCACCCCCCAGCCCAGCCGCCCUGUGUCACCUGCUGGACCACCGGAAGGGGUCCCAGAGGAUGCUCAGCCCCCACGGCUGGGCCAAGAGAGAGAUCCUGGAGCCGUAACUGCAGGCAGCACCGAUGAACCCCCAAUGCUGACCAAGGAGGAGCCUGUUCCCGAAUUGCUGGAGGCUGAGGAUUCGGGAGUGCGGAUGACCAGAAGAGCCCUCCACGAGAAAGGUCUGAAGACAGAGCCCCUCCGGAGGCUCCUGCCCAGAAGGGGUCUCCGGACAAACGCCCGGCCGGGUUCGGCGGUGCUGCCCGACGCCAGAGCUCCCGGAGGAGGAAGCAAGGCCCCGAGGGCACCCAGGACGAUUCCCCAGGGGAAGGGGAGGUGAGCCGGCUCCCCAGGCAAGGCGAGGCCCUCGGGUCUC